ACAAGGGGAACCCAACCAAAAACCCUCCCUCGUAUUUCAGUCUCUCUUUUUCUCUUUCCGAACCCUCAUUUCUCUCUCAUUUCUCUCUCAUUUCUCUUACUUCUCAUACAGCUUUGCUUGGAUUCUCGAUAUAUAUUUUCAGCUUCUGCUUUAUAGUGGAACUCCAAGCUCUUGUUGAUUUGCUUGACUCUUCAAUGGGGGAUGCUGAAAAUGCAACAUCUACAAAGAAGAGGGCUGCUGGAAGGGAGCUGUCACGAGAUAACCCUGGGCUUGAUGAUGAAGAAGAUGUUUCUGAGCAAGAGACUGGAACUUUCAAGCGGGCGAGUGAAGAGGUGCUAGCCACGAGAAGAAUUGUCAAAGUGCGUCGUGGUCCAACUGCCUCUGCUCCAUCUUCAAAUCCUUUUGCUGGAAUACGCUUAGUACCUCCAACUGAAAGUAGUGGAAGUACUGCAGAAGUUAAAAGUGAUACACAGGAAGCUGGUGAGAAAGCAAGUUCAGAUGAGGCAAAUGGAAAGGAUGUUUCCAAUGAAGCGACUCAAAAAGAUGGGGAUCACAGUGAUGAGCCAGCCGAAUGUAAAUUUGACACAUCAGAGGCUGAAUCUGUUCCAAAUGUGCAGAAUGUUGAUCAGAAUAGCACUGUUGUAAGCGAAUCUGCCAUAUCUAAGGUAGAUGAUAACGAAGUUGCUGAAAGCAAUAAGAUUGAAAAUGAAGAACCAGCAGGAGGAGAUAAAACUGGCAAUGAGGAAGUUGUAAGAGACGCUGAGAAGGAAGCUGAGAAUGAUGAAUGUGUAAGUGGUGGUAAGAAUGAAAAUGAGGAUCCUGCAAGAGGUGAUAAGAAUGAAAAUGAGGAUCUUGCAAGAGGUGAUAAGAAUGAAAAUGAAGAACCCAGUGCAGGAAAUGAGAUAGAAAACAAGGAAACUGGGGAACAAGAAAAAACAGAAAAUGAAGCAAACAAAGAAGGCAAAAGUGAAGCAGAACCUAGUAAGGAGGCUGCUCCUUUGAGCUCAUUCCAACAAUUAUCAAGCAGCCAGAAUGCCUUCACAGGUCUUGCCGGUACUGGAUUUUCAACAUCUACGUUCUCCUUUGGUAAUAUACCCAAGGAUGGGGCUGGCCUAACUACUAGUUUUGGUCUCUCCAAUAAUGGUAGCUCGGCCCUUUUUGGUACUUCAGGGUCUUCCAUUGUUUCCAAGAGUGAGAAAAGUGGCUUUCCAUCAAUGCAAGAGGUUGCAGUUGAAACUGGUGAAGAAAAUGAAAAGGUAGUUUUCAAUGCUGAUUCUAUAUUGUUCGAGUUUAUUGAUGGAUCUUGGAAGGAACGUGGAAAGGGGGAGCUGAAAGUCAAUGUCCCUACGAGCGGGACUGGCAGAGCGAGGAUUCUUAUGAGGGCUAGAGGAAAUUACAGGUUAAUUUUGAAUGCAAGUCUUUACCCUGACAUGAAGCUCACAAACAUGGACAAGAGAGGUAUCACCUUUGCCUGCAUGAACAGCACCAGCGAAGGGAAGGACGGUCUCUCAACAUUUGGUGUGAAGUUCAAGGAUGUAUCCAUAGUGGAGGAGUUUCGAGCAGCAGUCACUGAGCAUAAAGGUAAAGCUGCUUCUACAGUUCUGAAAACGCCUGAGAAUUCUCCAUAAGUACUCGACGAUCUGAAAGUUACACAGUGAAGAGAAGCUGCAUAUUUUCUGCUCUGGAGUGGAGUAUCUAUCGGAGGUCAUUUUACAGCUCGAGCGAGAGCAAGUAGUUUUUUUCGGUUCGGCAUUUCAUAAGCCAUUAUGUAGCAGAGUCGUAGAAUCUUACUCAUUUUGUUGUAGCUUUAUUUGUCACCAUAGACUCCUUUUCUGCUCAUAUCUUGGAUGGAACACAUCUUCAGACUGAAUAUGCUCCUAAACCAUGGGAUUGGCGGAAUCUCAUAAUUGUCCAUUUAACUUUGCGAUAUGAACCAGCUCUUUUGCGCUCUAGAUUGAGUACUUCUUUCUUCACACAUAGAAAGGCAAAAAAGAAAGGAAUGGAAAAUGCUACUUCUGUUGUUUGGAUAUUGGAUCAUCAUGAUAUCACAGCCUAUUGAAAGUUCUGUUUGAAACAAGUUGAGAUACUAUAAACUGCUCUCCUGGUUUUCA